GUCACUUCGUCAAAUUUCGAACUACGGAACGCGCGUAGUAAAACGCGAACAAGACGUCGCUUAUACUCGAAGUUUUAAAUUAUGGGAAAGUGAAUUAAUUGUUUUUCUCAUUGUUUUAGUGAGAAUAUUAUUGUUUGAGUUUAAGAGAUUUUUUUUUAAAUAGUGUAUUGUUUGAUUUGGACUUUAUCGAAAUGGCGGGUAUGAAUGUGCGGCUCGCGUUCGCAAUCUUAUCAUCAGCGUGCUGGUCUGCUUUCCAACAUGGGUAUAACACUGGAGUCAUCAAUGCACCACAAGCGGUUAUGUCAAAAUGGUUGCAAAGAGAAGCCUUAACAGGCACCAAUAUCACGAUUGACGCUGACGAUGACCCCAAAGUGACAACCAUAUGGUCGGUGACAGUCUCCAUAUAUUGCGUGGGUGGCAUGAUAGGUGGCAUAUUGACAGGCUUUAUAGCUGACAGAUUCGGUAGAAAAGGUGGUUUAUUACUGAAUAAUGUUUUUGUAUUCCUCGGAGCGGCGUUCCAAGGUUGUUCCAAGGUCGCCAAUUCAGCUGAACUUCUCAUAAUAGGCAGGUUACUGAUUGGAAUCAACAAUGGUUUGAACGCUGGAUUAGCUCCGUUAUAUUUAGCAGAAAUUUCACCAGUUUCUAUGCGUGGCUCGAUCGGUACAGUUUAUCAGUUAGUGAUUACGAUCACUAUCCUAUUAUCACAAGUACUAGGUCUAGAAGCAGUCCUAGGUACAGACUGGGGCUGGCCCUGGCUGCUAGCCGUGACCGCUAUUCCCGCGGUCAUACAAUGCCUCACUUUACCUUUGUGUCCUGAAUCACCUAAAUAUUUGUUACUGAAUAAAGGACAGGAAUUACAUGCGCAAAGAGCUUUGAAUUGGUUAAGAGGAGAUGUCGCUGUUCACGGGGAGAUGGAAGAAAUGCAUCAGGAAGCAGAAAAGAACAAAAUCAGUAAGAAAGUGACUUUCCGCGAACUGGUCAGUAAUAGACAACUCCGUCAGCCGCUGACCAUAGCUAUUGUUGUGAUGAUCGCCCAACAAUUCUCAGGAAUCAACGCUGUUAUAUUCUUCUCUACUGAUAUCUUCAAGAAAGCUAAACUCAACGAAACUCAAUCACAGUACGCGACUUUAGGUAUGGGAGCGAUGAAUGUGGUGAUGACAGUGAUCAGUCUAGUGCUGGUGGAGGUCGCUGGCCGCAAAACGUUGCUGCUCACUGGCUUCACUGGCAUGAUAGUCUGCACUGUCGGACUGUGUAUCGCCGGGUUAUAUACAGAACAUAUGUGGGUGUCAUAUCUCUGCAUUGCGCUUGUUAUCUUGUUUGUGGUGACAUUUGCUGUAGGUCCGGGUUCCAUUCCAUGGUUCCUUGUCACGGAAUUAUUCAACCAAGCAGCUCGACCCGCGGCCUCUUCUGUAGCAGUAACUGUCAAUUGGACAGCAAACUUUAUAGUUGGACUUAGUUUCUUACCGUUAUCAUUGGUGCUCGGUAUGAAUACAUUCAUAAUAUUCGCAAUCCUGCAAUUCCUGUUUUUGUUAUUUAUAAAAUGUAAAGUGCCUGAAACAAAGAAUAAGACUGUAGAAGAAAUAACAGCAAUGUUUAGACAACAGAUAUAAAGUUACUCAUCAUCCACUUGCCCUUAUCCCUUAUGGAGGGUCGGCACAGUAUGUGCUCUUCCAUACAUCUCUAUCAGCCAUAU